AUGGGUGUCGACCUCAAUGAGAUAAAAAAAAACUUCAAUGUGAACACUUCUGCUUAUGUGGAAAAGAAGGACCCAAAAAGUAUCUUGCCACAGCCUGGAAAACGAAACAUUUUGAUCACUGCUGCUCUUCCUUAUGUGAAUAACGUUCCACAUCUUGGAAACAUCAUCGGAUGCGUUCUAAGCGCUGACGUUUUCGCGAGAUACUGCAAUCUCCGUGGGCAUCAAACCUUCUACGUUGGCGGAACCGAUGAGUAUGGUACUGCUACGGAAACGAAAGCACUUCAAGAAGGAUGCACGCCGCGCGAGUUGUGUGAUAAAUAUCAUGCAAUUCACAAAGGAAUCUACGAAUGGUUCGGGAUUGACUUUACUCACUUCGGAAGAACCACCACUGAUCAUCAGACCGAGAUCUGUCAAGACAUGUUCUUGAAGCUUCACAAGAAUGGUUUCACCACAACACAAACGGUGGAUCAGCUGUUUUGCAAUCAAUGUGAUAAAUUCCUCGCCGAUAGAUUUGUCACUGGUACCUGUCCGAACUGUGCGUACGAUGACGCACGCGGAGAUCAGUGUGAUGGAUGCGGGAAACUUAUCAAUGCCGUUGAAUUGAAGGAUGCAAAGUGUCAUAUGUGCAAAAGCACACCAGAAGUGAAACAGUCCACUCACAUUUUCCUUUCUUUGGAUAAACUUCAAGAAUCUACAAUGGAUUUGAUCAUGAAACAAAUGGAUCUACCGGGUUCUAAGUGGUCCGCUAAUGCCAAGGGAAUCACAAAGUCUUGGGAGAAUCAAGGAUUAGAACCACGAUGUAUUACGCGAGACCUGAAAUGGGGAACACCUGUUCCAUUGGAAGGAUUCGAGAAGAAAGUGUUUUAUGUGUGGUUCGAUGCUCCGAUUGGCUACCUAUCCAUCACAAAAUGUGUUCUUGGAGAUGACUGGACCAAGUGGUGGAAAAAUCCGAGCAAUGUCGAGCUCUACAAUUUCGUUGGAAAGGAUAACGUCGCAUUCCACGGCGUUAUGUUCCCAUGCUCGCAAGUUGGAGCAAACGACAACUACACUGUUGUGAACCACCUCUGUGCUACUGAAUAUCUAAACUAUGAAGACACCAAAUUCAGCAAGUCUCGUGGAACCGGAAUCUUCGGAGAUGCUGCUCAAAGAACAGGAAUUCCAGCUGAUAUCUGGCGGUUUUAUUUGCUGUACAUGAGACCAGAAAGUCAGGAUACUGCCUUCAGUUGGGACGAUUUUGUGCUGAAAGUCAACAGCGAACUGCUCAACAAUCUUGGAAACUUCAUCAACCGCGCUCUCUCAUUCGUGGCUAACUUUUUCGGAGGAGUUAUUCCAAACAUGGAUUUAACGGAAGCGGAUGCUACGAUCCUUGAAGAAAUUCAUCAAGAAUGUCUGCAGUGGGAUACUCAGUUUGACGGAGUUCGUCUUAAGGACGCUGUCAAAAGUAUUCUGAACGUUUCUCGGAUUGGAAACCAGUAUAUGCAAUCUCAAACUCCAUGGGUUCUCAUGAAAGGUGAUGAUGCAGCGAAGAAGCGUGCGGGUACGAUCAUUGGAGUAGCUGCCAACAUUGCCUAUCAUCUGGCUGUUAUCCUCUAUCCAGUCAUGCCGUCUGUUUCGGAAACCAUCCGUCAGCAGUGUGACUUGUCGAAGCUUCCACUUUUUAGCCCAUUCCCAAGAAACUACCUCAAGCCAGGACACAAAAUCGGAAAGCCUUCUCCGCUUUUCCAAAAAUUGGAUCCUAUCCAAAUCGCAGAAUUCAAGGCGAAAUUUGGCGGUGGUCAAAAUCCUCAGAAUGCUGCAGUUGCAGCAGCUGCUGGAAAUCAGAAGCAACAGAAGAAAACUCCACCUACCAAGGAGAAAAAAGGCGGCGACAAGAAAAAAAUGGCCUCGACUGCUGCUUUCGCGGAACUUGAACAAGGAGCGAAACUCAUCUCGCAACUUCUCACCACGAACUUGAAGAAAUUCGAGCAAGCUAAAGCCCUAUUCGCUCGCAAUAAACUUCAAAAGUUGGAGGAGGAAAAUAGACAACUCACCCUUGAUGCCAAGUCCCUUCAACAGCAAUUGGUCGAAUUAGAAAAAGCUGCUGGAAUUAAGCAGAUUCCCAAGCCAGUUGCAUCAUGCACUCCAACACCUACUUCAACUCCAGCGUCUGGUAUCAUUAACCAGCAGAAAAAUGCCACACCAGCUCCACAACCUACUGCUGAACCGAAAAAAGCAAAAGAACAGAAAAAGGGUAAAGGAGGUGGCGCAGCCGCUGCUGCUCCAGUUGACGAUGCUAUUGAUAUUGGAAGACUUGACAUGCGAGUUGGCAGAAUCAUCAAAUGCGAGAAACAUCCAGAUGCUGAUGCUCUAUAUGUUGAACAGAUUGAUGUUGGUGAGGAAUCCCCGAGAACUGUCGUCUCUGGUCUUGUUCGUCACGUACCUCUCGAUCAAAUGCAGAAUCGUCUUGUGGUCGUUCUGUGCAAUUUGAAGCCAGCGAAAAUGCGUGGAGUUGAAUCGAGAGCUAUGGUCAUGUGUGCUUCGACUCCUGACAAAGUGGAAAUUAUGGAAGUGGCUGCUGACAGUAAACCAGGAACUCCUGUUGUUUGUCCACCGUUGACUCACCGGCCAGAUGAGCAAUUGAAUCCAAAGAAGAAGAUCUGGGAAACUGUUGCCGAAGACUUGAAAGUGUCUGCUGAGGGAUUCGCAGAGUGGAAGGGACAUCCGCUUCUUGUCGGAAACGCGACCAAGAUGACAGCUCCAACCCUUCGUGGAUGUCAUGUUAAAUAA